AUGUUUAAAUGUGAGCAGUGCCCAGCGGUUUUCAGUGCAAAACGUAAUUUGGUCGCCCACCAAAAAACGCAUACAGGCAUGCGUUUUCCGUGUACUGUUUGCCCAUCGACAUUCUCAUACAAGACUAGCCUCAGCAAACAUUCGAAGAAAAUUCAUGGUAUCGUUAAUGUUCCGGCUCAUUUGAGGUCAUUGCCCGCUGCGCCGAUCACCGCUCAACCAACACGAUCAAGCGUCAUACAGCUCGCGCCUCUUGCCGCUCCACAGGCGAAUAUCCAAAUUGCCCCGCAGAUAUUUGUACCAGAUGUCCCGGCCGGUGGUUCGAAUGUGGUAACCGAAGACGACAUGUGUAUGGAAGCCAUGGACGAAUUCGAGGAUAGAGAUUCUUAUACAACCAUGGAUUGUAACGGAAAACGUGUAUCGUCCGCUAACACCGCGCACCGGUCGGCUGCUAGAGCAAAAAAAAUUAGGUUGAAUUUGGUGCAGUCCCCCGGCUUUAUAGAAAUCUCGUCAUUAGCAAGCCGUAAAAUAGUUUGGUAUUAUGCGAAAAAUCUGUUCAACUGUCAAGUUUAUGACGAGUUUCUCCGGUCUCUCAUGCCCGAGCUUGAAAAUUUGUUAAAGACAAGUGUGCACCGCCACCCUAUUAAAUUCAAUUUAAAACUCGAGGCAACCUACAGCCGUCCGCACGUAGCAAACUCAUCAGAGAAUAGGGCGUUUAAAACUUCAGCGGUCGAAUUUUUUAUUGAUAGCAAUGUUACGGAGAUUUUAGAGAGAGCGUAUAUGAAGUUGAUGACCGAGGCGGAAGAGUAUAAAUCGCGCGGCAGUGGAUUUACUCUGGAGACAAUAGACGGGUUGUUGUUAGCAGUAUAUAAAUAUACGCCAAUGGGGGGCUCGUCAUAUAUCAAGUUGCCAGCAUAUAUCGAUAGGAAGCGGGCUACGAUAAACCCACAAAAUACGGACCAGCAAUGUUUCAAGUGGGCAAUAUUGGCGAAACAUGUGACUGGGCCGGCGGUAUGUCGUAUCGAAGGAAAUAAGUAUGGGCAACACGAGGACAAAUAUGAUUUUGCGGAUAUAUCGUUCCCGACACCUUUAUCAGAUAUCUCCAAAUUCGAAAAAAAUAAUAAUAAUGUGUCAAUAAAUGUAUACGGUCUCGAUAAAAAAUUUCAGCCUCCUAGAAAAUAUCCAACCUAUGAGGUGUAUCCGCUGCGUGUGGUCGAUGAAGAAAAAAAGGACCAUUUUGACUUGCUGUCGGUGACGGACGGAGACAACUCGCACUUCACAUAUAUUUCAAAUUUUUCAAGACUAAUUCGUAAACAGAAAACUACGCAUACCGAGAGAUUAGUGUUCUGCAAAAGAUGUUUUACUAGUUUUGACGAUAGACGACAUAAAUAUAAGCUGAGCGGACAGGAGGCGCUAGAACAGCAUAAGAAGAUAUGCGGUGAACAUAAACCUAUAUUACCGGUGAUGCCAGUAGAGGGUAGUGUUUUGGAGUUUGAAGGGUGGGGUAAGACACAACGUCAUCCCGUAGUUAUUUACGCAGAUAUUGAGGCAAUUUUAAUGAAGACGGAUGAGAAGAAGGGAAAAAGCACAACAGUUAUACAGAGACAUAAACCAAUGAGCUAUGGUAUUUAUGUGAAAACAGCGAAAAAUGUACCAAACGACUUGCUUAAAAAAUUUAAUAUACCAACAAAAGUUGUUAUUCAUCGAGGAUCAGAGACGCGAGCGGAAGUAGCGAAACAUUUUGUUGAGACGGUUGUGGCAUUAUCCAGGAAAAUUGAAGACCUUUUGAAGACCAACAACACAAUAAUAAUGAGUCAGGAACAACAAGACGAGUAUGAGAGGAGUAUAACGUGUAUACGUGGGGGUCUUACACAAGCGAGCAUACGUUAUGGUAUGGCAAAUGAUCGGAAAACGACUAAAUACGAUGUGAAUAAACCAGACUCAUGGAUAAUUUAUCAAGACUGCAAUAACUUGUAUGGCUGGGCAAUGUCCGAGUGCAUGCCAUAUGGUGGCUUUGAAUGGGUAGAACCUACACUUGAUGGAUUGGAAAAUUUAAACGAUACAUCUGAGAUAGGACGGAUGUACGAGGUCGACAUAGAGUAUCCACAGCACUUGCACGAUGAUCACAACGAUCUACCAUUCUUACCGAACAGCGGUAUACCACGUGGAUCUAAAAUAAGGAAGCUCAUGGCAACACUAGAAUCUAAAGAGCGGUAUAUUAUACACUACCGUAAUUUGAAACAGGCUAUGGCAAAUGGUUUAAUUGUGAAAAAAGUUCAUAGAGUAUUGCAGUUCAAACAGUCCAAAUGGCUGGCUAAAUAUAUUAAUUUAAAUUCUGGGAUGAGGAAGAAGGCGAUGAACCAGUUUGAGAUUGAUUUCUAUAAACUGAUGAACAAUAGUGUAUUUGGAAAAAUGAUGGAAUCGAUGAGAUUGAGGAUUACUAUGGAACUUGUUUCGAACGAACAGCGCUUGCAGAAAUUAAUAAACCGAUCGACAUUCAAAUACUGUACUAAUUAUGAACAUAAAAAUAUAACGGCUGUAACAUUGGAGAAUAAAAUUAUAGAUUUCUUUAAACCAAUCUAUAUUGGAUUUGCAGUGUUGGAUAUCAGCAAGACAAUGAUGUAUGAUUACCACUAUAAUGUGAUGAAGAAACAUUAUGGUCCCAGAUUAGCUCUAAUGUAUACUGACACAGAUUCUCUGAUAUAUCACAUAAAAACCACAGACUUUUAUGCAGACUUGGCGGCCAACCAUAGCUUGUUGGAUAGGAUGGACACCGCCAACCUGCCUCAUGAUCAUCCAUGCUACAUAGCAGAUAGAAAGAAAGAACCGGGUGUCUUUUCUGAUGAGGUGUACGGCAACAUCAUUACAGAGUUUUGUGCGCUGAGGGCAAAAUCAUAUGCCUUCAAUAUAUAUACUGGACCGGAAGAUGAGGAAAAAGAUGAAGAAGAUCGAGUAGGAGGAGAAAAGAUUAAGGCGAAGGGGGUAAAACGACAUGUGGUUAAAAACCACAUGACUCUUGAGGACCAUAAGAAGUGUAACAACUCCGAAGAAGAAAAAAUAUUCGAGAUGAAAACAGACUAA